CGCAGGGUGGCUGACACAACCCGAAACUGCUUGGCUCCCUUCAAAAAGAAAGAAUAAAAUGGGAGAGAAUGAAGCUGGUUUACCUAACAUGCCUUUGCAAGGCAAAAAGAUGGCUUAUCAGAAGGUCAAUGCAGAUCUAAGAACCACAGGACACUCACAGUACUUAGACAAUGAUGACCUUCAAGCCACUGCCCUUGACUUAGAGUGGGAUAUGGAGAAGGAACUGGAAGAGCCGGGCUUUGACCAGUUCCAACCAGACAACGCUGAGAAUCAGAACUUGGGGCACUCAGAGACUUUAGACCUCCAUCUUGAUUCCAUUCAACCAGCAACUUCACCCAAAGGAAGGUUCCAGAGACUUCAAGAAGAGUCUGACUAUGUUACCCACUACACAAGAUCUGCACCAAAGGGCAGUCACUGCAACUUUUGCUCUCUUUUAAAAAUACUUUUCACAGCCACCAUUCUAUUUAUUUUUGGAAUUAUAAUAGGUUAUUAUGCACACAUGAAUUGCCCUUCUGAUGUCUCACCAUCAGCAACAAAUGACUACCAGCUAUACCAAGAUAUUCUCAAGACAAUCAAAGCAGAAGAUAUUAAGAAAUUCUUCAGAAAUUUGGUACAACUUUAUGAAAGUGAAGAUGACAUGGAAAUUUCAAAGAGGAUUAAGACUCAGUGGACUGCAUUGGGCCUGGAAGAUACACAGCUUAUGAACUAUUCAGUGUUGCUGGAUUUCCCCGGGCCCUCUCCAAGCACCAUCACUGUGAGCAGCACUGGCCAAUGCUUUUAUCCUGAUGGCCAACCUUGCAGGGAAGAAGCCAGAAAAGGCCACAGCCAAGAUCUGCUCUCCUCAUAUGCAGCCUAUUCUGCCAAAGGAACUCUCCAGGCUGAUGUCAUCGAUGUGAGUUAUGGAACUACAGAUGACCUGAAACGGAUUACAAAGUUGAAAAAUGUAACAAAUCAAAUUGCACUCCUGAAAUUAGGAAAAUUCCCACUGCUGUAUAAGAUUUCCUUACUGGAAAAAGCCGGCUUUAGAGGUGCUCUUCUCUACACUGAUCCUUGUGAUAUACCAAAGCCUGCAGAUCUUAGCUCUGAGUCCUUUAUGGUGACACUAAAUCCAGGAGGAGACCCAUCUACACCUGGAUACCCGAGUCUUGAUGGAAGCUUUAGACAAAACCGGCCAAACCUCACCCACCUAUUAGUGCAGCCCAUCUCAGCAUCCCUCGCCAAAGUGCUCAUCUCUUCACCAAAACUGAGAGUAGAAAAUGAUGCCUGUAGACCACUGGAACUCCCACACAAUGAAAAAAGAACUGUCAGUUUGCAAGUGCAGACAGUCACAAAAUUUAAGACAGUGUUUAAUGUUGUUGGCUAUCUGAAAGGUUUGACAUCACCAGACCGGUAUGUUAUAGUUGGCAGCAACCAUCAUUCUGAAUACAGUUAUAAUGGACAAGAAUGGGCCAGCAGUACUGCAGUAAUCACAACAUUUAUCCAAGCCUUGAUGAUAAAAGUGAAGAAAGGAUGGAGGCCAGAACGUACUAUUGUUUUCUGUUCAUGGGGAGGAACGACUUGGGGCAAUAUUGGCUCCUAUGAAUGGGGAGAGAAUAUUGCGAAGAUUCUACAAAAAAAUGCUGUGGCUUACAUUAGCCUCCAUAGUCCCAUCCGGGGCAACUCCAGCCUGUAUCCGGUAGCCUCUCCAUCUCUCCAGCAACUGGUAGUAGAGAAAACUAAGGUCAACUGUUUAAGAAGAGCUCAGUGCCCAGGAACCAAUGUCAGCUCUGUACAGAUACAAGGUGAUGCUGAUUAUUUCAUCAACCAUCUUGGAGUUCCAACUGUGCAGUUUGCUUAUGAGGACAUCAAAGCGUUAGAGGGUCCAAGUUUCCUCUCUGAGGCCAUUUUUCCUAAACAUGCAAGAAAAAUUGAAGAAAUGGAUCCAUCUUUCAACCUCCAUGAAGCCUUUACUAAGCUCUCAGGAGAAGUAAUUUUACAAAUUGCCAGUGAACCAGUUUUGCCCUUCAGUGCCCUCGAUAUAGCCUUAGGAGUUCAAAACAGCCUUAAAGGUGAUGAGCCCGCUGUCCCUCACCUGCUUGCCAUGGCAUCACAGCUGAGGGAGAGUGCUGAACUCUUCCAGUCAGAUGAGAUGAGACCUGCCAAUGACCCAAAGGAGAGAGCACCCAGCCGUGUCCGAAUGCUGAAUGACAUCCUACAAGACCUGGAGAAGGGCUUCCUGACGCAGCGGGUGCCACCAGGUUUUUAUAGAAACAUCCUGUACCAUCUUGACGAGAAGACGAGCCAGUUUUCCAUCCUCAAGGAGGCUUGGGCACGCCGCAAUCCACUGGCAUCAAAUGAGACCUUGCAAGAGGCCCUCUCCAGUGUGCAGAACAGCAUUAAUUCAGCUCAGGUUUUCUUCAAAGCAGGACUGGACGUGUUUGAGAGUGUCUUAACUGGAAAGAACUGAAAAAAAAAUGCUCAACAUUUUUAAAAGUUUGUUUACAACUGUACAAAAAAAUGUUCUAAUUUG